GUUUAUACUGUGGUUUAUACGUAGCGGGUAUCUUCAUCUUAGUCUGUGUGUUGUUUGAAAACUGAGUCGAAAACCAAAAAUAAUUUAGAAAUAGUCGUCCGUCAUGUCAGUAGAAUUUGCUAAAAGUUAUUGUUUUAAAAAGGAAAAUAUGUUUUUAGUAAAAAGUGGUUGUAAAAAACGUAUGUGGAGAUCUUUGAAACAAAUUUUAACAGCCGAAAGGGCUUUACCUUGGCAUAAUAAUGCCGUACUAUAUUAUUCAAUAAACGCCCCACCAACUUUCAAACCUACAAAGAAGUAUUCUGAUAUAUCCGGCUUACCAGCACCAUACAUGGACAGACACUCUAAGCUCUAUUAUAGUAAUGUAGAAGAAUUUACAACUGUGCGUAGUUUACCAAUGGAUAUAACAGCUGGAUAUCUACAACUAAGAGGAGCCAAUACUAUUGUAGGAUGAACAUAAUAAAAUAAACCUCAGAUUGGAGGCCCUUUCCAUCUUGUUAAAAAUGAAGGUGAUUUAUGACUGUUAUUUUGAUUCCUCUGAGAAAUACGAAGUGACUUGUACUAUCUUAAGUAAGAGU